UACCUUCGAAGCGGCGAAAGUAGCAUGUGGUAACGUAGCUGGAUUGUUAUCGUGGACUAUGGCUAUGGCCAAAUACUUUGAAGUUAAUAAAGAAGUCUUACCGCUUAAGGCAAAUUUAGCAGUUCAAGAAGCAAAAUAUCAAAAAGCUUCGGGCGACCUUCAAGAAGCUGAGGACUUAUUACAACAAAAAGAAAAUGAAUUAGCUGAAGUGCAAAGAACUCUAGAAGAAGCAGUUUCAAAAAAAGAUGCAGUUCUAGCGGAGGCUAAAAAAUGUCAAGACAAGAUGGAUGCAGCUACUGCACUUAUUGGUGGACUAGCAGGAGAAAAAAUUCGAUGGACUGAACAAAUUGCUUCUUUUAAAAGUGAGACAGAUCGAUUGGUUGGUGAUGUUAUUCUUCUCACAGCAUUUUUAUCAUAUACCGGACCUUUUAAUCAAGAAUUUCGCAGUGAUCUUCAAAGUCUUUGGAUUAAGCAAGUCAUUGAAAAAAUGAUACCGUUAUCUGCCAAUGUCAACAUUAUCGAGAGCCUUACUGAUCGUUCUCAAAUUGGAGAGUGGAAUAUUCAAGGCCUUCCCACUGAUGAGCUUUCUAUCCAAAAUGGAAUUAUUGCGACAAAAGCAAUGAGAUUUCCUCUUCUCAUAGAUCCUCAAUCUCAAGGCAAAGUUUGGAUCAAAAAUAAAGAAAAACAAAAUAAACUCAUAGUUACUGCAUUAAAUCAUAAAUAUUUCCGAAAUCAUUUAGAAGAUUCAGUAAAUUUUGGGUAUCCUAUUAUUAUUGAAGAUGUGGCAGAAGAAUUAGAUCCCUGUUUGGACAAUUUGUUAGAUAGAAAUCUUUUAAAAGUAGGUACGCAAUACAAAGUCAAAAUUGGUGAUAAGGAAGUCGAUUGGAAUCCAGCCUUUCGAUGCUACAUUACUACAAAGCUACCUAACCCAGCUUAUACACCCGAAGUAUUUGCACGGACAUCUAUUAUUGACUUCACUGUUACAAUGCGUGGCUUAGAGGAUCAGUUAUUGGGAAGAGUUAUUCUUACAGAACGAAAAGAACUCGAAGAUGAGCGUGUACAAUUAGUGGAGACUGUAACCGGAAAUAUGAAAAAAAUGAAAGAGCUCGAAGCUAAUUUAUUGCAUAAGCUAUCAACAACACAAGGUAGCUUACUGGAUGAUGUAACAGUCAUAGAAGUUUUAAACACCAGCAAAAACACCGCCCUUGAAGUUAAAGAAAAAAUCGAAAUAGCAAAAGUCACUGAGGCUAAAAUUAAUGCUGCUCGGGAAGAAUAUAGAGUAGUUGCUACACGUGGUAGUGUAUUAUAUUUUCUUGUAUGUAGCAUGGCAAGAGUAAAUAAUAUGUAUCAAACUUCACUGGUACAGUUUCUGGAACGUUUUGAUGCUUCAAUGCAUAAUUCGGCAAAAACGCAUAUAACCCAAAAACGCAUUAAGCGAAUUAUUAAUUAUCUUACAUUUGAAAUAUACCGGUAUAAGUCUCGAGGACUUUACGAGAAAGACAAAUUUUUGCUUGUAUUACUUAUGGCACUUAGUAUAGAUCGUCAAUUGGAGUUAAUUACCUUUGAUGAAUUCCAAACUUUUAUUAAAGGAGGAGCAGCAUUAGAUCUUAAUGAUUGUCCUCCAGUGCCUUUUAGGUGGAUGACUGAUGAAACUUGGCUUAAUCUUGCCCAAUUGACUAGUUUAUCUCCGUUUGUAAACAUACUGACUAAGAUAAGCGGAAACGAAAGGUCUUGGUUUACUUGGUAUAAAAAAGAUGCUCCGGAAAAUGAAAUAAUACCAGAUGGAUAUAAUUCGUUAGAUCCGUUUCGAAGAAUGCUUCUCAUACGGUCAUGGUGCAUGGAUAGAACUAUUGCUCAAAGUCGAAAAUAUAUUGCAAAUUCAUUGGGCGAAAGAUUUGCAGAACCAGUAGUGCUCAACUUUGAAGAGCUACUUUCGGAAAGUCGCGAAUUAAUGCCAAUGGUUUGUUUUCUGUCUCUUGGCUCAGAUCCUUCAUCAAAUAUUGAACUUCUUGCUAAAAAAAAUGAGCUUAAAUGCCAUCCAAUAUCAAUGGGGCAAGGCCAAGAAAUUCAUGCUAGAAAGCUUAUAUCUUUCUGCUUGGAAGAUGGAGGUUGGGUUUUGCUACAAAAUUGUCACUUAGGAUUAGAAUAUAUGGCAGAGCUUACAAUUCAACUUUUAGAGUUGGAAAGAAUAGGAAAAGAAGCCAUCGUCAGCCCUAACUUUCGAAUUUGGAUUACAACUGAACCUCAUCCCAAAUUCCCUAUAACAUUACUACAAAUGUCGUUGAAAUAUACAAAUGAACCACCAGCUGGAAUUCGAGCUGGAUUAAAGCGAACUUAUACAAACUUGUCACAAGACUUUUUGGACUAUUCACAAUCCCCAUUUUAUUUGCCGCUUGUAUAUUCUAUAUCAUUCCUUCAUACUGUGGUGCAGGAAAGACGAAAAUUUGGGCCACUUGGUUGGAAUAUACCUUAUGAAUUUAAUUCAUCUGAUUGGUAUGCAAGUUGCCUGUUUGUUCAGAAUCAUUUAGAUGAUUUAGAGCAAGGAAAAGGUAUAAGCUGGGUAACCGUACGAUAUAUGUUAGGAGAAGUUCAGUAUGGAGGUAGAGUGACAGAUGACUACGAUAAACGUUUACUCAAUACAUUUACUAGAGUAUGGUUUCAUGAUGCUCUCUUCGAGGAAACAUUUCAAUUCUUUAAAGGCUAUAAAGUUUAUAGUUAUAAAGAACAAGAAGCAUAUUUAUCUGCUAUUGACGAAAUGUUUAAUGUUGAUCCACCACAAGUAUAUGGAUUUCACUCUAAUGCAGAAAUUACCUAUCAAACCAACACCAUGAAAAACAUAUUAGAAGAAAUAAUGGGGAUUCAACCUAAAGAGUCGUCAGCUGGAACGGGAGAAUCUAGAGAAGACCGCGUAGCUCGUCAGGUCAAAGAAAUGCUAAGCAAAACUCCCUUAGCCUUCGACUUAUUUGAUGUAAAACAGCAUCUUAUUGCCAUGGGAGCAACAAGCUCAAUGAACAUAUUUCUUCGCCAGGAAAUUGACAGGAUGCAGCGGAUAAUUAUACUUGUUCGCACCAUAUUUAAGGAUUUACUUUUGGCUGUAGAAGGAACAAUAAUAAUGAGCGAAAAUUUACGAGAUGCUUUAGAUAAUAUUUUCAACGCACGGGUUCCUACUGUGUUUAAGCGAGGAAGUUGGGUUUCGUCAAGUUUAGGAUUUUGGUUUUCUGAAUUGCUUGAACGGCAUACCCAAUUUUAUAACUGGUGUUUUGGCUCAAGACCAGUUGUUUUCUGGAUGUCCGGAUUCUUUAAUCCUCAGGGUUUUCUUACCGCAAUGCGACAAGAAGUGGCCCGCGCACAUCAAGGUUGGGCUUUAGAUCAAGUAACCAUGCACAAUGAUGUACUAAAAGUAGGCCCAGAAGAAUGUAAGAAACCACCUAAAGAAGGUGUUUUUGUUUAUGGAUUAUUUGUGGAUGGUGCCGGCUGGGACAGGCGAACAUCUCGGUUGGUCGAAGCCACAAACAAGGUUUUAUUUACCUUAAUGCCAGUUAUUCAUAUUUAUGCUCAAUUCUUAAGUACAACUAGAUAUCCUAAGUCGUAUGUUUGUCCCGUUUACAAAAAGAUUAAUCGAACCGACUUAAAUUACAUCUGUGCUCUGCUAUUGCAAUCAUACAAGCCACCAGAUCAUUGGACCCUAAGAGGUGUGGCUCUCUUAUGUGAUGUUAAAUAAAUCGUAAUUAAAUAAAUUUUCAAAUUUGGCGAAACGAAA